CAAUCGGAUAUUUCAUCUGGAUUCUGGAAGAACGGGAGCAAAACAAACUGGAAGAGGAACCUCAAGUGCAUCAAAUAGGAGGACAAGCAACAAACAGGACCAGUUGAACUUGAACGGUCCGUGAGAGAAGUUACCUGCCGAGCACCUCACCUAGCCUGCAAUCUGUUGAGCUUCGUGAUUUCUCCUGCUGAAAUAUAAUGGAAAUGAUACAAUGAAUUUCGAGUGCGCCUUGACUAGAAUUGCCACGAUUUUUCUAGUUUGGGUUUCCUCCAGAGGUGUAUAUCACGGAUCGUCUGGUAUUCAAACAGCCGCGAAAACGCAGGAGCUGAAAAUUUUCAAUAUUGGCGUACUUAUCGCUUCUAAUUUGGAUUCCCCGUUUGAUUUAGAGAGAUGUGGUCCUGCCAUCGAUAUGGCCUUAAACGAGGUCAACGAAAAGUUUCUCCUGCAGCAUAAUAUUCAACUUCAAAAAGUGCAAGGGAGUUUCCCAUCUUGCAGUGGUGCGAUGGCACCUGGGAUAGCCGCAGAUAUGCAUUUUUUAUCAGAUGUAAUCGCUUUCAUAGGACCUGCUUGCUUGUUCGCUCUGGAACCCGUUGCUCGUUUGGCAGCAUACUGGAACACACCCAUAAUCACAGGAAUGGGUGAUCAGCCACCCUCUGAGGGAGAACUUUCUGUAACUUCUGGUAUUCUUGGUAGGCUGCACAAAUGGAAUAAGAGCGAUAGUGCCGGAAUCCUCAAAGAUAAGAGUAAUUAUCCAACGCUCACCCGAAUGUCGUACUGUCAAUGUCGAUUAAAAUUGGUAUUUUCGAGCAUCUUUAGGGAAUUUGGCUGGAAGCACAUAGCUCUGAUAUUGGACCGGUCGGACCUUUUUUCUCUAACAGUUGGUAAGAAUUUAGAACACGGUUUGAAAAAAGAAGGCCUUCUCACCUUUGUACGAGAGAUAGAUGGCAAUGAAAAUGAAUCCAUUGGAAAUUAUUUACGAGAUGCUAGUAUGUAUGCUAGAGUGGUAAUUUUGAGUGUCCGAGGUGUUCUUGUUAGAAAGUUUAUGCUCGUUGCUCAUGAUCUGGGUAUGACAAAGGGAGAUUGGAUUUUUCUUGAUGUAGAAAUAUUUCAGGGUUCAUAUUGGGGAGAUCACAAUUGGGAAAUAGGUGAUGAACAAGAUUCCGAUGCUAGGACAGCUUACGAGAGUUUGCUAAGGGUUUCUCUGCUACAGCCAACUAGUGAUAAAUUUCAAGAAUUCGCCGAUAAAGUGAAGGAGAGAGCUCAAACUGAUUAUAAUUACAAUAUCAGCCAUAGAGAAGAGAUAAACUUUGUUAUUGGAGCUUUCUACGAUGGAGUUUAUCUACUCGGAAUGGCACUGAACGAAACAUUGUCCCAGGGUCGAGAUAUAAGAAAUGGUCGAAUGAUCACUAGCAGAAUGUGGAAUAGAGAUUUUCACGGAAUAACCGGACAUGUUCGCAUAGACGACAACGGUGACAGAGAUGCUGACUAUUCCAUUCUUGAUCUGGACCCGAUAACCGGAAAAUUCGAAGUUGUAGCUCAUUAUUAUGGCUUGCACAGGCGAUAUUCCCCAGUAUCGGGGAAGAAAAUCCAUUGGCCUGGAAGUAACGAAGCACCACCUCCAGACACCCCUAGAUGUGGUUUUAUGGACGAUAAUCCUGAAUGCCGAGACCAUGAGCUUUACAUGUUGAUAUUUUAUGGAAGUUUCACUUUGGGAAUUCUUCUGGUAUCAGCUACCACACUGCUUUUCUUAUUAUGCAAACAUAUGAAAACAACAGCAGAUUUGAACAAUAUGAGCUGGAGAAUCAGACCUGAGGAUAUAAUUUUGGAGAGAGGAAAAAGUUUCGGCUCUAAGCUUGCCCUUCAAAAACUGAAUGAGUUUGGAAUCACCAGCGGUAGAGCUUCCAUAACGUCCUCCUCUUCUUUUCAAACAUGUACAAAACUAUUCACCACCAUAGGUAUAUACAAAGGGAGUUGUGUAGCCAUAAAGAAAAUAUCCAAGAAGAAAGUAGAGAUAAAUAAGAAAUUGUUAUGGGAAAUAAAGCAAGUGAGAGAUAUAACCCAUGAGAAUACUGUACGCUUUCUGGGGGCGUGUAUAGAAUGUCCAACUGUUUUAAUCAUCACCGAGUACUGCCCAAAGGGAAGCUUGAAGGAUGUUCUGGAAAAUGAAGCUAUAAAGUUGGAUUGGAACUUCAGGAUGUCUUUGAUCCACGAUAUUGUUAAGGGCAUGGUUUACAUUCACGGUUCAGAUGUAGCAGUUCAUGGCAAGCUGAGAUCCACGAACUGUUUGAUAGACGGUAGAUUCGUUUUAAAAAUUUCAGACUUUGGUUUGCCAACUCUCACCACCUCCCAUCAAAUUGUGAGGAAUUCAUCGUACUAUGAGAAAAUGCUUUGGGUUGCCCCGGAGUUACUACCCCUCACUGUUAUUCCAGGAAACCCAGCCACUCAAAAAGGUGACGUUUAUAGUUUUGGAAUCAUUUUGGAAGAGAUCAUUGUGAGAGGAGGACCUUUUGCUGCUGCCAGGCAGUACCUCGAGCUUCAAGAUAUAAUAUCUAGGGUAGCAUCCAAGGAAAAUCCCCCCUUCAGGCCAGCAAUUGAAAACGGAGAUUGCCCAGAAGAUCUACUUGAUUUGAUGGACAAGUGCUGGAGUGACAACCCAGAGGAAAGGCCUAAUUUUGAUUACAUCAAAAUCACGCUUCGAAGUAUCAUGAAAGAUUUCUGCGAAAAUCUCAUGGACGAUCUGCUCAAACGUAUGGAACAAUACGCCACCAACUUGGAGGCGCUGGUGAGUGAAAAGACUGAAGAGCUCAGCCAGGAGAAACGGAGAUCUGAGGAACUACUAUACCAAGUCCUUCCAAGACCGGUAGCGCAACAACUGAUGGCUGGAGAAUUGGUGCAGCCAGAGCAGUUCGAAUGUGUCACCAUCUAUUUUAGUGAUAUUGUCGGGUUCACAUCCCUUUGUGCCAAAAGUACGCCAAUGCAGGUGGUUGAUUUUUUGAACGAUCUGUACAGCACCUUCGAUAAGAUAAUCGGCUUCUACGAUGUCUAUAAAGUAGAAACUAUUGGUGAUGCGUACAUGGUAGUUUCUGGUCUACCAACUAGAAACGGAGAUUGUCACGCAAAACAGAUUGGACUUUUGGCUUUAGCCAUUCUCCAGACCGUACAAAAUUUCACCGUUCCUCAUAGUCCAGAUUAUCAGCUGAAACUCAGAAUAGGUGUGCAUUCUGGUCCAGUCUGCGCUGGAGUUGUUGGUCAGAAGAUGCCCCAUUACUGUCUAAUCGGGGAUACUGUCAAUACAGCCAGUAGGAUGGAGAGCACUGGAGAGGCACUGAAGAUUCACGUCAGUGAAACUACCAAGGAACUCUUGGAAAAAUUCGAAAUAUUCACAUUGGAAUGUAGGGGAGAGGUCGAACUCAAAGGAAAAGGAAUAUUCACCACCUACUGGUUAAUUUCUAGCUCCGAACCUAAUCUCUGUCCCCCAUCAGUUGUAACGGAAGACCAUGAUUCUCCCGAAGAAGAAAAAAGUCCUUAUCCGUUGAUUUUCAUGGGAAACUCAGUUACAUUCUGAAAAAUACUCUGGAUGCUGAAAACAACAUAUUUAUGUAAUGAAUAAAACAAUGAUGAGGCUAUUUUUUGAUAAUACUAUUGGAAGUAGUGAGAGUGUAAAAUAUGCUAACUAUAUUUUAUUAUACCUGUGAUGUCUUUCUGAGUUAUAAAUAUAAGUAGAAUAAUUUAUGA